CUCCCCCCCGCCGGUGUCCCCAGGGCUCGGGGCCGCCCGUCCAGCCCCAGACGCGCGGGGGGUCCCCAAGGAGGGGCCAGCCCGGCCGAGGCGCGGCGAUGGAGGAGCCGCAGCGCGCCCGCUCGCAUACCGUCACCACCACUGCCAGCUCCUUCGCCGAGAACUUCUCCACCAGCAGCAGCAGCUUCGCCUACGACCGCGAGUUCCUCCGCACCCUGCCCGGGCUGCUCAUCGUGGCGGAGAUCGUUCUGGGACUGCUGGUGUGGACGCUGAUCGCCGGAACCGAGUACUUCCGGGUCCCCGCGUUUGGCUGGGUCAUGUUCGUAGCUGUAUUUUACUGGGUCCUCACCGUCUUCUUCCUCAUCAUCUACAUAACAAUGACCUACACCAGGAUUCCCCAGGUGCCCUGGACAACGGUGGGUCUGUGUUUUAAUGGCAGUGCCUUUGUCUUAUACCUCUCGGCCGCUGUGGUGGACGCAUCUUCUGUCUCCCCUGAGAGGGACAGCCACAAUUUCAACAGCUGGGCAGCUUCAUCGUUCUUCGCCUUUUUGGUUACCAUCUGCUAUGCUGGAAACACAUAUUUCAGUUUUAUAGCUUGGAGAUCCAGGACCAUACAGUGAUUUGCCGUUGUGAGAAUUAAAAGGGAGAAAACAGGAAGAAUCUCACUGUAAAAACACAACAACAACAAACUGUAGGUAUAAUGUAUAUUUCCAGAGAAUUGUAUUUAACUAAUGUUUUUAUAUACUUAGUUAAAUUUGCUCCCUGUGGUUUGUUGCAAUUAAACUGGAUACUUAUUUGCAAAUUGUUGUAGCUUAUAAUGAACUCUUAAAUAUCUUGUUGAUGUCUCCAUAGACCUUAUUUUCUUAGACAAUGUAUAAAUAGAUAAAUUGCUAAUGUCAAGACUGUGUCGAGUUUGUACACCUAACUUUUCAAAUGUCGGAUUCUUUUCCGAUUAAAUGUUUGAAAAUCU